AUGAGCCUCCUGAAGCACCGACAACUGCCACGACAAAGUCAACUGUACCGACUAGAGCCAUACCUAGGCCAAGACGGGCUGCUCAGAGUAGGAGGAAGGUUACAAGAUGCCAAAGAAAGAACUGGACCAAUACUACUGCCCAGAGACCACCCAGUAACCAAAAUUAUAGCGCGGGAAGCACACGCGGUUGGCGCUGGCCAUUCCAGGAGAGAACAUACACUGUCCAUACUCUGGUGUGAGUUCUGGAUAGCCCGUUGCCGCCCUCUGCUCGAUAAGAUAAUAAAGGAGUGUGUCACUUGCCGCCGUAACAAUUGGAAACCCACUAGGCAAAUGGAAGCCAUGCUACCCGAUGACCGGACCAAGCCCAGGGAACGUCCCUUCACUUACACGGGCACUGAUUGCUUUGGCCCAUUCACAGUAAGACAAGGACGAAAGAGUACCGAGAGAUAUGGCUGCAUAUUCACCUGUCUAGCUACUCGUGCAGUGCACCUGGAGGUGUUGGAGUCUCUAGAUACAGAUGCACUCCUAAACGCUACUGUCCGCUUCAUCGCCAGAAAGGGUACGACUCCGAAACGUAUUCGUUCAGACAAUGGCAGCAACAUGGUCGGCGCUUGCAAGGAACUCCGUGCGGCAGUGCGUAGAUGGAGGAAUGAUGAACGCAUAAACAGACACUUUCAGAAGAAAGAUAUAGAAUGGGUAUUCAACCCUCCAGCGGCUUCACACAUGGGAGGAGUCUGGGAACGGCAAAUCCAAACAGUCAGAAAGGUUCUCAGAGCAAUUGUGGGGACCCAAGUCCUGGAUGAAUAUCGACUGCAGACGCUAUUUUGUGAAGUGGAAGCAAUCAUAAAUAAUCGACUCAUCACCCCUGCCUCAAGCGACGUGAGGGACCUGGAAGCGCUUACACCAGCCCACAUCCUCCACGGUGGCCCACACGCUGAUCUGUCACUAGGAGGAUGUCUUCUGAAGGACUCGUAUCAACGACGGUGGCGGCACGUGCAGUUCCUAGCAGAACGCUUCUGGAAACGCUGGGUGAGGGAGUACCUUCCACUCCUCUGCAAAAGACAGAAGUACAUAGAACCAACCCGAAAUCUACAGGAAGGCGACCUCGUCCUCGUCACUGGGGAAAAUCUUCCUCGCAACAAAUGGCCAUUGGGCAGGGUCACGGCAGUGGUCCCAGGAGCUGAUGGUCUGGUGCGCCAGGUGCGUGUGCAAACAGUAUCUGGGGAGUUCCGAAGGCCAGUGACCCGUGUAUGCCUUCUUGAACACGCCACACCGUAA